UCUUUCAUACAAACACUACUACUUCUACUAUCUAAAUGUGUGUUUACCAAUAAGAUGAUGGGAAUUGUUGAAUUGGGUGUCUGUGGUGAAUGAUUAUCUUGCACGAAAUGAUUAGGGGUUGAAGGAGCCAAAGUGAUGUUUGAAGGUAAAAGGAAUAAAUGGGAAUUUCAAGGGUUUCGUGAUGUCUGAAGUGUAUGUUCAAGUAUUGUACGAUUUCAAUUAUUUAACUGAUGAUGGGAGUGAAGUCAAGAUGAAAGCAGGAGAAGAAUUAUUAUUGGUUAAAAAAGCUAAUGAAAAUUGGUGGCAAGUCAUCAGGGACUGUGAUGAAUAUCCAUUUUAUGCUCCAUCAAAUUAUUUGAGUGUAAUUGGUUUAAACUGUAAAGAAACUAUAGAAUCAACUGAUGUAAAUUCAAAUUUUUCACACAAAAAUGCUGCAGAAACGGAUAGUCAGAAUAAUAUGACUGUAGCAUCAAAAUUCACCAGAGCUGCUUCAAGGUCAUUAUACAAACUCAAAUCUUUCAAAAGUAAGGAAAGUGACAUGCAUAUUAAAACGCGUCAUUAUAAAGCAAAAGAAAAUGAAGUUGCAGAAGUUCUAUCAUUUCGAAAUCCUCUUUGUGCUGAGGAAUUUUCAAGCUCUGAUGUUGAUAACUCUGACGAAUUCCAAGAACAUGUGCCUUUUACGAAUGAGCUUACAUCAGGCAAAACGGCAGAUGCUCAAAAACCAAAGACUAGUGAUAAAACUUUUGCUCAAGAUUCUGUAUCUCCUAUUUAUGCUAACAUCCCCAAGCCUCUUGGGAGACUACCUUCUAUUCCUAGACCUGAUCAAAUUCCACUUCGAGUUCUGACAAAUGAUUGGUUUGAAUAUGUUGAUGAAGAGAGUGGGCGAAAAUAUUAUUUUAAUUCUGCUUCUGGAAAAGUAACAUGGAAACCUCCUCGACGUCGUGAAAAUAUGCAGUCCACUCCUUUAAACAGUGAACCGAGCAGCCCAAAAUCUGUCCAUUCCUCUUGUGUAGUGCCUGAUCCUCCUCCAAAGCAGCUGAAACCAAAAUUAAAGAAGCUAACUCAUAGUAGUAAUGAAAGUUUAGAAUCCUCGCCAUGUAUGUUUACCAUUCUUCCCCCAGGUUGGAGUCAAGAGUCAGACUCAAGUGGCACUGUAUACUACCACAAUGAAGCAUCAAAGAAAAAGUGGUUUUCUUCUUUGGAUGAAAAUGGACGUACAUAUUUUUAUGAUGAAGAUAGUUCAGAAUCUGUGUGGGAAUUGCCUGAUAUGUCUGCUUCUUCAGAAUUUGAGGAGUUAAAGAAAAGUGAAGCAGAUGAAAGUAAAGAUGAUUCACAAAAUCAAGAAGUGUCAGCAUCCUCACUGUCUACAGAAUCAUCCCUCUCACCAAAAUUACGUCGUAAAGCCCCUAAGUUGCCAGUCCCUAGACAGUUUAAAACAAGAUCUUUGGUUGUUCCUGAAUGUGUAAAUUUAGCUGGUGCUGAAGAUAAUAAGGGUUUUUUGCCUGCAUCUUUUGGCGAAGGCUAUUGGCCAUCUGUCCAGGAUGGUCAUUUUUCUAUCACUCGUAAAGGAACGUUGAAUAAAACGAAACUUGUGGAAGGUGGCAGGCGUAUUCGAAAAAAUUGGACUUCUUCUUUUGUUGUUUUGACUGAUGUAUUUCUCCUGUUUUACAAGGACAUUCGAUCUGCCCACUUAGCUAAUCCUGGAAUAAAACCUGAACUGUGUAUUGAUUUAAAUGGAGCUUUGGUUGAAUGGUGUCCAGAUAAAUCAAGCCGUAAAAAUGUUUUCCAGAUAAGUACUGUUCUUGGCCACCAACUUUUAUUGCAAGAUGAUAAUGCCCAAACAACAAAGGAAUGGUUUGACACAAUAAAAGCUGCCAUCAUGAUGCUUCCAUCUAGUUUAGAGCAAGCAGAAGGAAAGUAUACUACCAGUAAUAGAGAUGAAAGUUUCAAGCGAGAUGUAAAGUUAGCUCGUUCUAAAUCUACAAAACAGUAUUUAGCUGCUAAACCAAAUGUCGAGGAGAGUGAUGUUGCAAUUCCAGCUGAGAAGAAACGUAAAAUUAGAGAUAAGCUACGGCAGUUUUUUGUCCGACGUCCAACACUCGAAAGCCUUAGAGAAAAGGGGAUUUUAUUAGAUGAGCCAGUGUUUGGUUGUCACUUGGAAAAUUUAUGUUCACGAGAAAACAGAAAAGUUCCAAAAUUUGUCUCUAAAUGUAUUGAGGUAAUUGAAGAGAAAGAAUUAACAGCAGAUGGGUUGUAUAGAGCAAGUGGUAAUCUUUCUCAAGUUCAGAAAAUUAGAAUUCAUGUCAAUCAAGAUGACUAUUCUUGUUUGAAUGAGGAAGAAGAUGUGCAUGUACUGACAGGAGCACUUAAAAUGUUCUUCAGGGAGAUGAAAGAGCCUUUGUUUCCAUUUAAUAUGUUUGACCAUUUUUUAAAUGCCAUUGCUUUACCUGAUGCCAACAGCAAAUUGGAAGCAUUGAGGGACUUAGUGCUAAAAUUGCCUGAACCAAAUUAUGAAACUCUAAAAGUUUUGCUUGAACAUUUAUUGAGGGUUACUGAGUUCCACAAACAAAAUCGAAUGCAAAUACAGAAUUUAGCUAUAGUAUUUGGACCAACUUUAAUGUGGCCGGAACAAGCAUCUAAUAAUAUAGCUUUAGAUAUGAUGCAUCAAAACAGAAUUGUGGAAUUUCUUUUGUUAGAAUUCAGAGCUAUUUUUCCAUCUAAGCAUCCUUCGUCUAAAUAGACAAAUCAAGGGAACAUAUUUAAUAUUUAAGUAGAUGUGUAAGUCAUGUGUAUAUUAAUGUAAGAAUGAACAUUUUUAGGUGUAUGUAUUUUGUGUAUAAAAUAUAAAUGUAUACAGAUAUAUAUAUAUAUGCACACACACAUAUAUAUUUGAAAAUGUGUCAAACAUCUCUUCUUUUUCUUUUGCACAAUUUUGUGAUUUUGCCAAUGUUCCUAGCAAAAGAAAUAACAUAUACGUUUACAAUGUAUGUGUGACCUAGCUGUAAGUAGCUGUAAAAUUGUGUGUAUGGGAAAUUUUUAAUUUGGAAAUAUAUUAAUUUUUUUUUAAUUUGUUUUCUUUCCUCUUAUGUUUUGGAAUUUUCCUUUGUUAAAAAUGUAUGUUGGGAUUUUUUUAAAAAUGAGAUAAACAUAUUUCAGAUUGAAAAUUUUACUUUGCUAGUAGAACUGUGAGUAAGAGACUAAUUUCAUAGCAAAUGGUCUUAAUCAAAAAUUUAUCCUGCAUGGUAGAGUUUUAUCAUUCCAUUUCAUGUAGUUUUUUUUUUUUUUUUUUUUUUUUUUUUUUUUUUUAAUUUUAGAUUUCAGGAAGUCCGAUAGUUUAUAAUUUUCCCUUAGAUGCUGCUUAUAGCAUAAGAUUACAGUGAACCAUUUCUUAUCUUAGAUUAUAACAUUAGUGUUUUGUAAUAUGUUUAACUCUACUAUUUAAAUAAAUAAUGAUGUUUUUAAUGAAAUGUAGCUGUCCUGUGAGAAGGUCGCAAAGACAAUUUUAAAGUACUUUUUCUUGUUAGCUUUUUAAGUUGUUUUCCUAUUUCUUUUCAUUAAGAAAUUUUAAAUAUUCUUUUGGACCAAAAAUUUUCAGAGAUAUGCUGUUUGGGAAAACAAAAAUUUCCUCCCAAGGCAGUCACUUUUUCUCAGUAUUAAAUGCCUUGAACAUUAUUAAGCUUGGGCUGGCCCACAAGCUCUUUCAUUCAUUUUAUUUUAUGCAUAGUGGCUGUGUUUCUUGAUAUGAAACAAUUCAUCAAAUAACUUGAUUAAAAUACCCUCUAGUAUUUAAAACUUGUGCAAAUUGAUAAUAAAGUAUUUUUUAUUACCACUAAAGAUUUAACUUUAAAAAAAAAAAAAGAGAGGCUGAAGAUUUUUAAAAAAAAAGUGUGUGAGAAUUUUCCAGCAACAAAGGAUGCGUGUUUCUCUAAGCACACAUAUUUUCUUCUGAUAGAUGCAAGUUUAAACAGGAUAUUUAAUUCUAUUCUUGGUGGUAAUUUAUGUGAAUAUUAUAUUUUUUCAGACAGUAGAUCUGUUGAGUAUCAGUUAAUAUUAUUAUCAGAUAAUUCAUGCCGAAUGAGAUGAUCAAAAUUCUUAUUAAGAAUUAUUUAUGGGCUUUCUGUGAUAUCAUUAAAAAUCAUUAAAAUUGAUAUUCCUUUUGACGCACUAAGCAAAAGAAGAAUAUUGUAAUGUAUUAAUUUUUUAAGAGAAUAUUCUUGUGGGUUUACUUAACAUAAGGUGCUUAACUCUUUAUAGCAAGAAAGUAUUAUAUUUUUUCAGCAUGCCAUAAAAAAUCCAUUCAUUGUGUGAAAUAGUAAAAGACUAUAGAGCUUUAGUUGUUAUUAGUAAUAAAGGAUAUAUAUUUUUCUGUAUAAUAUGAAUGAACAUAAUAUCAGAGCAGUUUUGCAAGUUGUAAAAAGUAUAAAAUUAAACUAUUUUUGGUGACUUUUAAAAACCUGAACUUGCUGUAUGUAAAGGGUUUCAUUAUUCUUGUUUUCAUUUCAUGAAGUGCCUAUAUAAAUGUGUGAAAAUUAAAAUAUUUUACUUCACAUAAACAAACAUCUUUUUGCCAUGUUUUGAAUUGAAAGUUUGUUGACAAAAUUGUUAAAAUAAAAAUUUUCUUUAUCUAUGA